CAGCGGCGUGCGAGGUCGGCAGAGGAUUAAGGCUGGGUCGGGGUGGGGACUGCAGCCGACAGAUCUGCUGCGAAGGGUUGAGGAGUAGAUGGCGGCGACGAAUCAGCGGCGGCGAAAGUGAGCGACAGCUUCCUCUAGCCGCAGAUUGCCAGCUGCGAGUUAAAAGUUUAAUUCGGCUGGUGCGGAGCUCGUGCUGGUGCUGUGGUGCUUGUGCGCGUUUCCCGGCUGCCAGGGUCUCGUUAGGUGGUGCGAAUGGUCAUUAUCAUGAGAUAGGCGCGUGGGAAAUUUAUUAAGUUGUGUGCGACAUCGCCAAUGCAUUGAGAUGAUGGAGUUGGAGCUGUUGGAGAGCGGAAUUGGCCAUGUGUACAGCGUUGUGCCAUCUUACAUAGUCUCUACACGCGACAUCUACAAAGGCAAAGGCAAGGACAUCGUAUUAGUGAAAGGCUUGACAAAGCACAUCCAUCCCGUCGAAUUACCGGCUGCCCACAUUGGAGAGUGUGCGAGUGGAGUGGAGAGUGGGUGGGUGUGUCGGUAUUCAUCCCAUUGCGCUAGAGGACAAUCCGCGCCCAGCCUGGGCGGGCAGAGAGAGACAGUUGAGAAACACAAAACCUCCGCCCACCCCGCCGCCUUCCACCUGCCUCCUCCCUCUUCUCCCGCUCCCUCUCUCCAUCCAAUUCCUCACGUUACUCCCUCAUCGCCCCAUCAGCCCGCCGCCGAAGCAUUCCACACGCCGUGCUCUCGUCGCCGCUCGUCUCUUAGCUCCGCCUUCCCGACACCGCCUUGACCAUUCUCUUGGCGUCAUUGCAGCUCGUCACUUUUUUUUGCCCCUCACAUCAACAUUGCCACAAUUCUGUACAAGACUCCAACGCGCGCGUUUACUGACAA